UCCGAACCUUCCCGCGCCACAGCCGGGGCGGAGCUGAGGGCUCACGCGCGGGGCUGGCGGCGCAGACAUGGGGGGAAGCGCCCGGAACCAGGGAGUCCGGGACGGGGAUGACGCCCCCGGCCAGUCCCUGUACCAGCGGCUCAGCCAGAGGAUGCUGGACAUCUCUGGGGACCGGGGCGUGCUGAAGGAUGUCAUCCGAGAGGGCGCUGGAGACCUAGUGACGCCGGAUGCUUCGGUGCUAGUGAAAUAUUCCGGAUAUCUGGAGCACAUGGACAAGCCCUUCGAUUCUAAUUGCUUUAGGAAAACUCCUCGGCUGAUGAAACUUGGAGAGGAUAUUACACUUUGGGGCAUGGAGCUGGGCCUUCUGAGCAUGCGGAGAGGAGAGCUGGCCAGAUUUCUGUUCAGACCGAACUAUGCCUACGGGACCCUGGGCUGCCCUCCCCUGAUCCCCCCAAAUGCCACUGUCCUGUUUGAGAUUGAGCUGCUUGACUUCCUAGACUCUGCCGAAUCCGACAAGUUUUGUGCUCUCUCAGCUGAGCAACAAGAUGAAUUUCCACUUCAGAAGGUCCUAAAAGUGGCAGCAACAGAACGGGAGUUUGGCAACUACCUUUUCCGCCAAAAUCGUUUCUAUAAUGCUAAAGUGAGAUAUAAAAGGGCCUUGCAGCUUCUCCACCGCCGAACAGCACCCCUUGAUGAGCAGCACCUGGUGGAGGCUGCCAAGCUUCUCGUCCUCCUGAACCUGUCCUUUGCAUACCUGAAGCUAGACCGGCCGAUAAUGGCGCUGCGCUAUGGAGAGCAGGCUUUGCUCAUUGACCAAAAGAAUGCCAAGGCCCUCUUCAGAUGUGGACAGGCUUGUCUUCUCAUGACUGAGUAUCAGAAAGCCCGAGAUUUCCUAGUCCGAGCCCAGAAGGAGCAACCCUUCAAUCACGACAUCAAUAAUGAGCUGAAGAAAUUGGCCAGCUAUUACAGGGACUAUGUGGAUAAGGAGAAAGAAAUGUGUCACCGAAUGUUUGCUCCUUGUGGAGAUGGCACUACAGUAGGAGAAAAUUGAAGGGAUUUUGCAGAAGGAGCUUUCAUUAGUUUUUUAAAGUGCUGUGCAACCCAAAAGAAGUUCCAGAGGUUUCUCCCCAGAUGAUGAUCACGGCUGACGGUUUACUCUGAUCUGCUGUUGUGGAACAUAGGGAAGUGCUGUGGGACAGGGCUGCGGGGCGGGGCUGGUAUGCGACACCCACCACCCACCCGCUGCCACCACCGUGGGAACAGAACGCUGUUAAGCUCUGAGUCUCAGCUCUUUGUCCUUGGAUUUCCGACAUAAACAUCCUGGGCUCUGCAGCCUCCAGCUCAUGGUUCCAGGAUUACAUCACUUCUCUGUCUUCUCUGUUACAUUUCACACUCUUCUUUGAUUACUGCUCGUUAUUUUGUGCUAUUAUUGUGGACACUGAUCAUAUCAUUGCUUGAGUUUCUAGUUCACAUUCACUCUGCCUUUUCCCGAGGCCUCAGGUUUGCUCUCACUGGAAGCAGCUUGUUUAGUAUUAAUAUAUUCAGCUGCAGUCUGCCCUGUUGGCCCUUUGUCUGUGCUCAUUGCCUAAGUCUGACUUCACUGUCUUUGUGGGUCUUUGGGCUUAUCUUUCCUUGAGCCAUGGAUACGUGACAGCCUUUUUUCUCUGACUCUGCACCUCUGUGUGCUACGUGUACUGGGUCUUCAAAAUGAAAUAUAAGCUUUUCUAUUUUGGUACAUUUUCAUUUAUGGUAAAGUGUUACUUUUUAUUGGCUCCAAUUUGAGAAUUCAGCUAACUAAACCUCCUAAGAUGCUAGUAUUUGAAGGGAUCUUGGAGGUUCUCUCUACCCACCUGCAUCCGUGCUCAGAGAAUAGUGAUUAUAGGUUUAAUUUCUAAAGUGAUUUCGUCAGACGUAGACUAUAUUGGAACUAUUUUUCUUUUUUCACUUGAUUAUUAUAAACUUGUCAUCAUGGACAUUUUCAAGCCUGCCCAAAGGUAAAAGGAAUAGCAUGAUUUCCUGCCACGGACUUAUUACCCAUCUUUGGCAAUUAUCAGCUUUCUGCCAUUCUGUUCCUCUACCCAGCCUCCAGUUUUUUGACAGCACUUAAAUUAUAACAAUACUACAUGCUUAUAGUUUAAACCAAAAAAAGGCGGGGUGAGGACAGUAAAAGUUUCCCCAGCCCUACCCACUCUCAGAGGUAACCACUGUUUAUGUUUCAGAUAUAUCCUUCCUGAAGUUUUUUUUUUAAUAUUCAAGAAUAUUACUGCAUAUGUAAUUUUCUCAAAAAGAAUC